AUGGCCACCAUCAAAGCCAUCGAGGCUAAGUCCAUACAUCAAAUUCAGUCCGGCCAGGUCAUCGUCGAUUUGUGCUCAGUGGUCAAGGAACUGGUUGAGAACAGUCUGGACGCGAGCGCGACUUCCAUCGAAGUACGAUUCAAGAACCAUGGCCUCGAUUCAAUUGAGGUGCAGGACAACGGGGCCGGAAUAUCUGCCGAAAACUAUGAAAAUGUCGCCUUGAAGCAUUUUACCUCCAAACUUUCCAAGUAUGAUGAUCUUUCCAGUUUGCAAACCUUUGGAUUUCGCGGCGAGGCUCUUUCGUCCCUUUGCGCUUUAUCCAAAUUCUCCAUCACAACUGCACAGGCACAGGAGGCACCAAAGGGAAGACGUCUCGACUUCGACGGUAUGGGCAGACUUGCCGCGAGCACGCUCGUUGCCUGUCAGAAGGGCACGACUGCCACGGUUGAAGGGUUGUUCGAGAGCUUGCCUGUACGCCGCAAAGAGGUAAUCAAGAAUGUAAAACGUGAAUAUGGCAAGGUACUCGGCUUGCUGCAGGCAUAUGCUUGCAUUUGUGUCAACGUGAAGUUGACGGUCAAAAAUGCUAUGCCAAAGGGCAAGAGCGUGACUGUUUUCUCAACCAAAGCCAAUGCCAGCACUCGAGAGAACAUUGCGAAUGUCUAUGGGGCGAAGACACUCUCAGCUCUGGUACCGUUAGACCUCAUCCUGGAAUUCGAAUCGACCGUGGCACGCACGGCACAUAAAGACACGUCCAGCGGCAAGAUAUUUGUCAAAGGCCAUAUCUCGAAGCCUGUUUUCGGAGAGGGGAGGCAAACUCCAGACCGUCAAAUGUUCUUCGUGAAUGGCCGACCAUGUGGAUUGCCACAGAUUGCCAAAGCCAUCAACGAAGUAUACAAGUCAUUCAACGUUUCCCAGUCACCUUUUAUAUUUGCUGAUUUCCAGAUGGACACCAACUCCUAUGAUGUCAAUGUCUCGCCAGACAAGCGGACUAUCCUGCUGCACGAUGCUGCGACUCUAAUUGAGAAUUUGAAGGCUGCAUUGAAUGAAAUGUUCGAACAACAAGAUCAGACAGUUCCUCAGUCUCAGCUACAAGGCCCCAAGUUCCCCACGUUUCGAAAACUGGACUUUGAAAGACGCUCUUCCCCAAAUUCAUUGAGUCCCUCGAUCCAAGGAGAAUCUGUGCCGGCAAGAUCGGUGCUCCAAGAUGAGAAGAGUCUCACUGACGAUCCUGAGGCCUCUGACGACGAAGGCUCGAAUUGGCUGAUGCGUGAGCAUUUUCGAAACUUUACAAGCACCAGAGACGAGACUGGGGGAAUCAGUCAGGUUCGAAAAACACCACAAACGGAAAAGGAGAGCCAAGCGAACGCCUUGGCUCAGAAGAUAGCAGAAGAAAAUGAGGAGAGAUCCAACUUUGCUGAUGACGGCGACACACAGGAGACAAUUCACACACAGAGCACCGAGGGGUCGCAGAAUGACCCUGUCAACCUUCACAUACAAGACUUUAAUGCACGGAUGGCUGAGCAAAGCGUAGACUCAGUGCACAUGGAUCAACCGACUGCGUCCAAGGAUGAGAGGGGAUCCGAAAUCCCAUCGCUGAGCCAGCAGUCUCAGCAGGGAGAUAAAGGUAUUGUUCCGAACGCCUUCGAACGCAUGCGACCUAGGAGACAACCAGCAGAGCUUGCCACAGUAACAAUUGGAGAGGAGACAAUUACAACCAUUGUUGGUUCGCACUACCCGAGGUCUCCAGCUGGAAGAGGAAUGAUGGAGAAAAUCAGGGCCCAAGCACCAAGACAGGAAAGGCCAUCACCAGCUACAGUCAAUUUCUCCCAAAAGCUACGACGUUUUGACGCAAGGGCUGGAGAUGAUGGGCAAGAAUUGGAUUCGACUGAUGACUUAAUGUCCCAUGAGAGUGGCUCGGAGCAUGGUACGGAAGCAGAAACACCAGAAUCGGACGACGCAAUCAAUCUGCUUGUCGAAUCUGAUGAUCUGAAUGACGAAGGUGAAUCCGCAAUUCAAGAUGGAGCUGUUGACGCAGAUGACGAUCCCGACUAUGUGGACGAAGAAGAGAAGCAAAAAAUCGAGGAGGCACGGGUGGUUGAGCUCAUUCGAGCCGCAGAAGAAGUUUCGGCCAUGGCCAGCAAGGAAAACACCAAACGGGCGGCAAACUCCCUUUCCGGCAGUCGAAUUAAAGACUCAACGACAACUACGCUCGCGACAGUUGACUUCUCUCUAGAGAACGUAGCUAAAGGCCUGGAGCAGCUUGUAGCAAUCGGUGCCAGAACGGAGGAGCUCAGACAUCGCCAAGAACACGCGCACGUCGCGCAAGAUCCCGAAGCACAGCUCACGCUUACCGUGUCCAAGGGCGACUUUGCGCAGAUGGAUAUCGUUGGCCAGUUCAAUCUUGGAUUCAUCCUUGCGACAAGGAGUGGUGAUGAUAAAAUUGAGACCGGGGCAAGAGCAAGGCAAGACGAAUUAUUCAUCAUCGAUCAACAUGCGUCAGACGAAAAGUACAACUUCGAGAAGCUCCAAGCCGAGACAGUCGUGGGCAAUCAGAGGCUCGUUCAACCCGCUAUACUUGAUCUGACAGCGGUAGAAGAGGAAAUUGUGCUGGAAAACAUGGACGCCCUCGAGAAGAAUGGCUUCCUGGUUGACAUCGACACGAGCGGCGAGAGUGUGGUAGGGCGCAGAUGCAAACUUAUUAGCCUCCCACUCAGCAAGGAAGUUGUCUUCAAUACUCGUGAUCUUGAAGAGCUCAUCCAGCUGCUCGCGGAAGCUCCAGGCCCUGGUACGCAAAGCUGCCACGAUGUCCCCCGGCCCAGCAAGGUUCGGAAAAUGUUUGCAAUGCGAGCGUGUAGGUCCAGCAUCAUGAUCGGCAAGACGUUGUCCAAGAAGCAAAUGGAGAAGGUCGUACGACACAUGGGGACCAUCGACAAGCCGUGGAAUUGCCCUCACGGUCGACCAACGAUGAGACAUGUUUGCAGUUUGACCGCUCUCCAGCCUUGGGUGGAAGGUGAUGCGAACACGGUGGAAGGCGGUAGAGCUGUGAGCCUUGGUGAGGCACUGCAGAGGUUUGUCUCGGGAUAG